UUUCUUUUAUAUCUCUCUCUCGGCAAGGGCUUGGCCGCGUGCCUGCCGGCCGCCCUGGCAACGAUCGAAUGAUGGAUGACUGGACAUCGCACGGAUCAACGGCACAUGCUUGACACAAGCAAACUCGGGGGUCGGUUUUGGGUUUCUUUUUUUAGAAAGUCCUAGAUGGGAGGGCAACUUUCGCUAUCCUCGACUUUGCUUCUCUGGCAUGGUCGACUCGGAAGCAAACGAGACGACUUGGGUGGCAUUAGGGAGUGGAACUGGCAUUUGUACGAAUACGGACGGAGGCUGUCGGCGGCCUGGGGUUUCUCUGGCGGAUGGACGGAUGGGAGGGAUUUGGUUUGGGAUUCAUUACGGACCUGAAAAAUGGCGUUGGCUUUUUCGCUUCUUGGGCUUUUCUUAUUCUUCCUUUUUUUCUUCCCCAGACGCGUUUUCUUUCCGCUUCUACACCCGUCUCCUUGCUUUCCUGCAUAUUUGACUUUCAUCUCUGGUCAUUCUUGCGGAAAGGUUUCCCUUUUCUUUUUUCUUCUUUCCUACCUGGAUUCUUCUCACGCCUUGCGACAACCGCCUUUCAACUCAUGAUCGGCUUAGUCAUGGGGGCAUCGAGAGUCGUUGGUAGCAAGGGAUUAAGAUCUGAAGAGGAAUUGGAGAUGAUGGAGAGGAGACUGGAAUGAGCGACGCGCAAGCAAAAACUUUCCUUGAACUUGUUGAUAACGCUUCGUCUUGCAAGGGCUUUGAACGCUUAGAUAGCUCAGCCUAAUGAAAUACGCAGUUAAGCUAAAAAGAA